GUUAAAUUAAUGUUUUUUUUUGUUUUCACUAGUAACAAUGCUGUUCACCGUACUAUACGGAGUAAAGAAGAAACUAAUAAAAGUAGAUGGAGCAGAUUACACCAGUUUAAUGACUCAAGUUAAGAAGAAAUUUUCAAUAAGUGACAGAGAUCUUAUAUUACAAGACGAGACUGGUGUGGAGGUGGAUGAAGAUGUAUUCACUGACUUGCUGGAGGAGAGAUCACAUGAUAUCCUAUGGAGAGUUGUUGACAAAGAUUCAGAAUGCGCAGUCCUUGAUUCUUCCUGUAGCUCACAAACUGACACUCUUUCAGUGUCGUCUGAGACUGAUGACAGUGCUGGACCAAGCUCCAAGAGACCUUGUUUUGGUGGAGUUUUUGAGGCAAAACAGUUUUUUAGAGACAUUUUAGAGGAAAAGGCAGGAGGUCCUGCGAUUUUGGCUGAAUAUAGAGAUCAUGGAAAACUCACAGACUCAACCAGGCGACACUUGGUUAACAUUGUUGUUGCGCACAUUACUGACAAAGAAGGCCAUGUCCCUUCUAAAGAAACAAAGACUCGUUGUGCUUUGGGAAUUGUAACACUGUUCCCAUCACUUAAGGAUCCAUACUCAAGAACUGGAUAUGAGCAUUUUUAUGACCCUAAGAGCAACCAAGGAUACAUAUCUUGGUGACUCAAAACAGUUUCUCGGCAAAGCAAACACCACGCCGGACACCACAGUAAGAAGGAUGAUAGGUCAAGUGGAACAUCAGACAUUGAGG